AUGUCUGUCUCGGAAACGGUGACCAGAAACCAGGCGACCUCACAGCAACGGAGCCUCCAGGUGGCAAACCAGCAAGCAAACCCACUGUCGGAAUUUCCCGAGUUUCUCAGCUUCAAAUGCACCCAGAACGAUGGCACGGAGCUGCAGCUAAAGCUGCAGUGUAAGCGAAAGGCCGACAUGGAUCCAAAACUGCUCAAAUGGGCAUUCAAGCUGGCCGAACGCAACGUUGGCCCACAGUAUCGGGCGUGCAGUUUAGGCUGGCAGCCGAAGAUUAAGCAGGCGGAUCUGAACAAACCAUGGGCACGGUAUCUUGUAGCGACAGAUGUGGCCACCAAGAAACCGGCAGCAUACACGAUGUUUCGCUUCGAUCUGGACUACGGUCGUAGUGUUCUUUACUGCUACGAGCUGCAAGUGGAAGCUGAAUUCCAGCGCAAAGGGUUGGGCGCUUUCAUGAUGAAGGCGUUGGAACAGAUGGCACAACACUUUACCAUGGAGCGUGUUGUGCUAACGGUGCUGAAAAAUAACGACGAUGGCAUGCGGUUUUAUCGAAGGUUGGGCUACGAAGUGGAUGAAAUGUCUCCCGAUAAGGAGGAAAAUGCGGCUUACGAAAUAAUGAGCAAAUCAAUGUUUUGA